AGAAGAAGAAGGAGAAGCAGCAAGUAAGAAGCCAGCUAAGAUGACGGGGUUUGGAUCGCCGUGCGGGGCGUGCAAGUUCCUGAGGCGCAAGUGCGUGCGCGGGUGCGUGUUCGCGCCAUACUUCUGCCACGAGCAGGGCGCGGCGCACUUCGCCGCCAUCCACAAGGUGUUCGGCGCCAGCAACGUGUCCAAGCUCCUCGCGCACCUGCCGCUCGCCGACCGCCCCGAGGCCGCCGUCACCAUCUCCUACGAGGCCCAGGCCCGCCUCCGCGACCCCAUCUAUGGCUGCGUCGCCCACAUCUUCGCGCUCCAGCAGCAGGUGAUGACGCUACAGGCGCAGCUGGCGUCGCUCAAGGCGCAGGCGGCGCAAGGGAUGCACCAUGACGGCGGCGCCAAGGGCGUCUACAUGAGCGCCGCCGCCGCGGACCAAUUAGGGUACGGCGCGUACGACCAGUGGAGCGGCAGCAAUGGAGGAGGCGGCCUCGCCGGGGCACCGUCGGCCUCGCACUCGCAGCAGUGCGCGUACAGCAAUGGCGCCGGCCACGAGUCCAUCACCGCGCUGCUGGCGGCCGGGUCGGACUACAUGCAGAUGCAGUCGCUGUACCACGCGUUCGAGCAGGCGUCGGAUCAGGACACCGGCGCCAUGGACGACGGGCAGGCGCUCGGCGCCUCUGCCGCCUACGAGGCGGCGGAGUCGUCGUCGUGCGGCAUGGCGGCGUCGUUCGGCGUCGACGAGAGCGGGUGGAGGUCGUCGUCGGGAUACCAAGAUUGCGAGGACCUGCAGAGUGUUGCCUACGCUUACCUUAACCGCUCGUAAGAACUACUAAGAACUACCACUAGUGCAGUGCAGAAUAUAUCAUCACAAGAUAUAUAUUAUAGACAUAUAUAUCUCAUCAAUUCCUGAUCAUGUUUUGGAUCGACUUGAUAUGAUCGAUCGAGUCUGUUCUUUGUGCCAUACAUGCAAGAGUUUCAAAUCUAGACUCAGAUAUCGAUCGAUCGAUCUCUGCCAGAAAAUAAUUCAGAUGGAUGCUGCAUGUGAGAGUUCAUCGAUAUCGAUCGCUGUAGAAACCUAAUUAAUUA